UCUUCGUUGGUGCUGCGUCGCUCGACGUCCCUCCACCAAAGACGUCCAUUCAUUUCGUAAAUUAUAGCAUUAUAAUUCAAUACUUUGCUGUUUCUCGUUGACUAACUCGGGAUGAUUGAACCCAAGAAGAGAGCGGCGGACAUGGCGGUGGUUCCUACGGCCGUGAAGCGGCCCAGGACGGAUCUGGUGGCAGCGGCUCAGUCUCAGCAACUCGUGGCCAUGGGUCCCCCACGGAGCUCCAGCCUGCAGGCUCCCAUUAUGCUGCUGUCUGGCCACGAGGGUGAGGUGUACUGCUGCAAGUUUCACCCCAAUGGAGCUACGCUGGCCUCCUCAGGAUUUGACAGGCUCAUAUUGAUGUGGAACGUGUAUGGAGAUUGUGAUAAUUAUGCCACUCUGAAGGGCCACAGUGGAGCAGUGAUGGAGCUGCACUACAACACAGAUGGCAGCAUGCUGUUUUCGGCGAGCACCGACAAGACUGUAGGUGUGUGGGACAGUGAAACAGGUGAGAGGAUCAAGCGUCUGAAGGGCCACACCUCCUUCGUUAACACCUGCUACCCAGCCCGCCGAGGGCCCCAGCUCGUCUGCACCGGUAGCGAUGAUGGGACAGUCAAGCUGUGGGACAUUCGUAAGAAAGGUGCGAUCCACACUUUCCAGAACACCUACCAGGUGCUGGCUGCAACAUUUAAUGACACCAGUGAUCAGAUCCUGUCAGGAGGCAUCGACAAUGAUAUCAAGGUGUGGGACCUGAGGCAGAACAAGCUAAUCUACAAUAUGCACGGCCAUGGUGACUCUGUAACUGGACUCAGCCUGAGCUCUGAGGGAUCCUACCUUCUCUCAAACUCCAUGGACAACACAGUGCGUAUUUGGGAUGUUCGGCCGUUUGCACCCAAGGAGAGAUGUGUGAAGAUUUUCCAGGGCAAUGUUCACAACUUUGAAAAGAAUUUGCUGCGGUGCUCCUGGUCUACUGACGGCAGUAAGAUAGCUGCAGGUUCAGCUGACAGAUUUGUGUAUAUCUGGGACACCACAUCACGCAGAAUCCUGUACAAGCUGCCGGGCCACGCUGGCUCUGUCAACGAAGUGGCCUUUCACCCAGAGGAGCCUAUAGUGCUGUCUGGCGCCAGUGAUAAACGGCUCUACAUGGGAGAAAUUCAGUAGGGAAGGGUGUGUGUUUGUGUGUGGAAACUUGAUGAGUGUGAGUGUGUGUGCGUGCCCUGCAAGCGAGGGUCCUGCUCUAGAAGUGGUAUGGGUGGUGUUCGAUGGUGGGCUAGGAGUCUCUGUAAUUUCAUGUGCUUUAGCUUGUCACAGAACAACCUCAGGACGUAUGUUUGAAGUUUAUUAUGCUCAGUCACCACAACCUCCACGAUUGUUUUUUUAUCCUGAUUUGUUUCUUUUUAAUAAACUUCAGUAUUCUAUAAAAAAA